UCAGCAGCCUGGCGCCGCAGAGAGCGCAUCGACACGGAGACACCGCAGAGCGACGAUUCACAGCGCAGACAGACGGCGGUACAGGCGGCAUCCGCAGGCGCAAACAGACGAGCAGAACCCGCAUGGUUCACAUCCACACUCACACCGACCUACCGUGGAUCUCCAAGCAGGAAGACAGGUGGAAGAGCUGUGCGCUCGGAUCCGUGGAGUUAUUAUAGCUAUAAGAGCAGAGGAAGCUUCAGUCCCGUCCGCCGCGGCGCAGGGCCGGUGUGACUCAUUGAUAAAUAACACAGGCUUUCUCCGGCCAGAUGCAUGAAUGACCGCCAGUGAAGGCAACGCGCAGCCGGGGAAUCUGUGAAGGAGACCCGCUUCUAUUCAUCCCUCUCGAUCCAAAGCGCAGUGGAGACAUUUGGAGCGUGUGAUUUUACAUUUCCUGCACUUUUAUUCUGCGCUCUGCCCUCAGCCUCAGUGUUGCUGUGGGCCCUCCGAGCUGCGGACUGACAGAGAUUUGUUGGUUGCUCCUUCCCGCAGCAGCCGAGAAGUCUCAGGCUCCUCUAACUUCGCCUCUUGAAUUCUUUACUCCUGCUUAUAAAUGCUUGACAAGCUCAAGCCCGUCGUCCAGCUCGACUCGGUAAUGGCGAUCAGCAAGACGGUGGGCUGGCUCCGGGAGCAGCUGGAGACGCGCAGGGACGGCCUGCUGGUGAUGGACUGCCGGGCCCAGGAGCUCUACGAGUCCUCGCACGUCGACACGGCCAUCAACGUGGCCAUACCGAGCCUCAUGCUCCGCCGGCUCAAGAAGGGCAACCUGCCCGUGCGCUCGCUGCUCUCCGACGGGGAGGACCGGGAGAAGUUCGUGCGGCGGUGCAAGACGGACACCAUCGUGCUGUACGACGAGUACAGCCGGGAGUGGAACGAGAAUGUGGACGGAGGGUCGGUGCUGGGGUUGCUGCUGAGGAGGAUGAAGGACGAAGGCUACAAGGCCUUUUAUCUGGAGGGUGGCUUCAGUAAAUUCCAGGCCGAGUAUCCAGCUCUGUGCGAGACCAACCUGGACGGCACCUCCAACACCAGCUCCCCCACCGCCCAUGUGCUGGGCCUCGGCGGGCUGCGGAUCAGCUCCGACUCCUCGGACAUUGAGUCGGACAUCGACCGGGACCCGAGCAGCGCCACGGACUCUGACGGCAGCCCGCUGUCCAACCCGCAGCCCUCCUUCCCGGUGGAGAUCCUGCCGCACCUGUACCUGGGCUGCGCCAAGGACUCCACCAACCUGGACGUGCUGGAGGAGUACGGCAUCAAGUACAUCCUCAACGUGACUCCCAACCUGCCCAACCUCUUCGAGAACGCGGGGGAGUUUAAGUACAAGCAGAUCCCCAUCUCGGAUCACUGGAGCCAGAAUCUGUCUCAGUUCUUCCCGGAGGCCAUCAGCUUCAUCGAUGAAGCUCGAGGCCAGAAGUGUGGCGUCCUGGUCCACUGCCUGGCCGGUAUCAGUCGCUCUGUGACGGUCACGGUGGCCUAUCUGAUGCAGAAGCUCAACCUGUCCAUGAACGACGCCUAUGACAUCGUCAAGAUGAAGAAGUCCAACAUUUCGCCCAACUUCAACUUCAUGGGCCAGCUCCUGGACUUUGAGCGCACGCUGGGCCUGAAGAGCCCGUGUGACAACCGCAUAGCACCGCCGAGCCAGCAGCUCUACUUCACCACCCCGACCAACCAUAACGUCUUCCAGCUGGACCCCCUGGAGUCCACGUGAGGUCUGCUGUCACACCCCCCUCUGAUUGCUGGAGGUUUCGUGGGCCUCCUAUAGGAAAAGCUGCAAAAAGUUUCUCUUUUUUUCCGCCGUCUGCCAAGGGACCGGGCUCUUGACCUUAUUGACACAGCUGGUUUGAGGCGACUGCUGCUGAGCGUGGUUACUGGAUGGUCGAAGCUGUCUGGUCAAGACGCAGCUGCUGUUGACUAAAUGAGGAGAGACAGUAAAAGAGACAGAUAAAGAGGAAGAGCGCAGAUACUUUCUUCAAUCUUAUAUCACUGUCGGACUCCUGGGCUCUUCUAUCUCUUUUUGUCAUUGUGUCUGAGGAAACUUCAAGUGAUCUGUUGGACAGCUGUACGUUAAGCUUCAAAGCUCCUGGGCUGGUGUGCCAAAGAGAUUGUUCAAACUGGACAGAUCUGAAAAUAAACUCUUUUUCUAUGUUGGUUUCGGGGUCUAGCACUGGUUCCCCCGAGACGUCAGGGUGCAUCGUCUCCUUCGUCUUCUGUGAAGACUUGCCUGUGUGGGGUAGAAGCACCCCAGCUUUAGAUGGCACACUAUAUACUGGACUCGAUUUUACACUUCUGGAGUCUUUUCAAACAUUUAUACAUUGUGUAUAUAUAUCUCAAUAUAAGAGACAAUACUGCAGAAGCCUUGCUCUAGUAUAUACCCUUUGCAACAAGUGGGUACUGAAGAUUCUCUUUGUUUCAUAUUCUUCUUUUAUGUAAGCAAACAAACUGCAUAUUGAUCAGUAUGUUUUAAGUUGAUUAUGCCAAAAAUCAAGUAGGCUUUCCAAGAGUUGUGCAAAAAUGUGUACAUGUGUAAUAUAUUUGAUAAUCGCUUUACGUGUGAAUUCAGCCGAUGGGCCUUGUAUUUGCACCCACCCUCACAAAUCAAAGUCACCAUGGUUGUUUGCCUUAUGCUUGUACUCAGAAGGUUUUUACUGCGCAUUAGCCUUCAGAGAGUUUUCUUUAAUUUUCUCACAAAAUGUGAGCAGUUUUAAAGCUGUUUUUAAUUUGGCACCACACAGAUGAUAGCAUACGUUUGAGUCAGAGCGGCCGACGUGUCGUCUGGAUCUCUGAAGGCUAAUGUGAGUAAUCCUGAUUUGUGCACAAGGGGUAAAAGUCUCAGACAUGUGGACAAAGUUAGGAGGCUUUGCUCACCUUGCCUCUUCAGGGAAAACUCUGUGAAAUGCAGUUUUUAUUUGUCAAGACGAGAGAAGAAGAAUCCAGAGCUUUGGAGGGCCGUGUCGCCCCUCUACAGAGAAGGCCAUUCUCCAGAGGAAGCCAUCUUGGUGACCUCUGCCAACCCCCCUCCACUUUCCUCUCUUACGAAUGUAAAGAAAAGAUAAGUUAUUAAUAAAUUGCUAUUUUGUCUACACUU